UGUUGUCAUAGUGACAGUUGACAGUGUGAAUGUGGAGUUACGAUGGUUUUGUAAAUUGAUAAUCACCAAAUGAAAAAAAAGAUAUAGUAAACUAAGGUUUAGUGACUAGGCAGAAAAAAAUUAACUCAACAUUUACAUAUUAAAGUCAAAGAAUCAUAAGCCAUCUUUAAAGUUGAUUAUCAAUGAUUAUUCAAUAAAAAGUCGGAGAACUAAGAAUAUAGUCUAUUAUAUGUAAUAAUCAAAAACAUUUGAAUACAAAUUGAGAUACAUUAGUUUAAAAAUGCCUCAUAGUCACUGUAAUCAUGGAAGUCAUGAUCACGAUCAUGGGAACCCAGAAGAAGUAGGCUUACAGUAUAAUCUUUAUCAAAAAAUUGACAAAGAUAACGUUGAAUGUCUCAAUGAAAGUGUAGAUGGUUCUGGAAAAACUGUAUUUAAACCUUGGGAAAAGCGGCUGGAUACUACUGAGUAUGUGGAAAGUGAUGCUGAUGAGGAGUUGCUAUUUAAUAUUCCAUUCACAGGCAAUGUAAAAUUAAAGGGUAUUAUAAUAAGAUCAGAAGAUUCAGAAUUACACCCUUCUAAGUUAAGAUUAUUCAAAAAUAAGCCCAACAUGACAUUUGAUGAUGCUUCAAUGGAACCGGAUCAAGUGUUAGAGCUCCAAAAAGAUAGCCAGGGAGUUCUGGAGUAUACACCUAAAAUAGUCACAUUUUCCUCUGUAUCACAUUUAACAAUGCACUUCCCAACAAAUUUUGGUGCAGAAACAACAAAAAUUUACUACAUUGGCUUGAAAGGGGAAUGGACACCGGGGCACAAGCAUGGAGUUACAAUUUGUACAUAUGAGUCAAGACCUAUGCUUGAUGAUCAUAAGUUAAAACAUCUAGAUUCUGUUGGCAGACCAAUAGAGUAAAAUGACUGAUGAAAAUUGUAAAUACAUAUUUUACACUGUAUACAAUUAUUGUUAUAUUAUUAAAAUAAACUACUCUCAAUUUAA